AAGCUAGACGACAGAAUCUACUUUAAUAAACACUAUGGUGUAGAAUAUUAGCGACUGAGCAUUAGUUUAAACUUGGAGUCAGUCGGCUGGACCUGCUCAGCAUGGAGUUUUGUCUCACCACUGGACAGUAGUUGUUUUUAAUUCGCUGUUUUUUUGUUUUAAUUCAACCGUUUUGCAGUGUCUCCCAAGUUGCUCAACUCCGUUGCACGGGUAAAGUUCAGCUGCGCUGCUAAAGAUAUGGAGAUCAAGGAGGUAGAGAGAUGUUGCUGUGUAGUUAAGGUGUUAGAGGCGUUUUCAGCAAAGACACCCGUGAGCUGCAGCGGAGUUAUCGUCAAUUCUCAAACUGGAACAGUCAUAUGCACAGGCCUCCCGUUUUCCCGUUUUCUUACCGACAAACAACCCCUCUCCCCAGAGCACAGAUUCCUGUCACCCCGCAGUUUUAGUGAAAAACUCAAAAUCCGCGUCAGCUUUUCUACUGAGCGGGAUUUGGGUAGGAGCCAGUCUCCAGAGGGAAAAGCAUUUUUACCCUCCAGAACCAAAACAACGUGUAACCGUGAAGUUUCAGCCGAGCUGCUGAUGCUGGUGAACUGCCUGGAGUUCAAACAGGCUUUCCAGGCAAUUUUUAAAGAUGCUGAUCAAUGGCGUUUCCAUGGUGAUGAAGGGGAUGAGGAGCUGGUCAGAGAUGCCCAAUUCCUCAGCUGGUUUGCUGUACUCAAGUACUCAACUGUGGCGGCAGGUGACAACCCAAUUUCAGGGACUAUACCCUGGCAGAGCAGCUCAUCUCUCCAGAAGGGCUGCCCGGUUGUUGCGUGCGGCUCACCUUUCGGCUCCCUCUGCUUAGAUCUAUUCAUCAGUACCCUCAGCAGAGGUAUCAUCAGUAACCUCUCUGGAGAGGACAAUGCUGUUAUCCUCACAGAUGCCCGGUGCUUGCCAGGGACCGAAGGAGGAGGGUUGUUUGUGGUGAAAGGCAUGUACAGUGUGCGUCUCAUUGGACUGAUAGUGUCUCCAUUUGGUUGGAAGGCAAACGAGUGGAUAGGCCUCACUCUGGUCUGCUCUGUCCACUCGAUUUUCCGGAAUAUCAUCCACUGUAUGAGCUUUCAAGAUCCAAUCGCAGGUGUUUGGCUCCAUCCUGGAGAGGCAGGUGUCCGCAUGUCCGCCACAGCCCAUGAGUCAGAAGCUGUUAAAUACCCCACUGUGUGUCUUGUGGACAGUGGGCAGUUCUGGGGCUCAGGGGUUGUUGUCACCUCUCAGCUGGUUGUGACCUGCAGGCACGUUGUCAACAGGAAAUCAGAGGUCACCCUGAAGUUCCAUCACAGGGACAGGGUGCGUGAUAUUGUGGGUGAUGUGCUGUUUUACACUAAAGCAUCUUCACCCUAUGAUUUGGCUUUGGUGCAGUUGAGAGACUCUGUCACAGAAGUCGUGGUCCCCCGAAUGGCUCAGAGUUUUAAUCCAGGUGAAUCUGUAGUUGUGGUGGGAUAUGGUGGCUUGGGUCGGAGCUGUGGCCCUUCCCUGACAUGUGGUGUCCUAUCCAAAGCCAUUAGAUUGAGCGAGCAGCCUGUCAUGCUUCAGACUACUUGUGCAGUACAAGCAGGGGCCAGUGGGGGUGCUGUGGUGAAGAGAUGCUCAGGAGAGCUGCUGGGGGUUGUGUCCAGCAAUACAAGGGACUUUGCUGCCAAUGUGACCUACCCUCACCUCAACUUCAGCAUUCCAGUGACUGUUUUCGGGGGACUGUUGCAGCAUUUUGACCAGACAAAGGACAUCAAUGUUUUCAGGGUGUUGGACACCACAGACAAAAAUAUCAGAAGGGUGUGGAGGCUACAAGGUGCUCAAAGCAAACUGUAACUGCUGAGCCCUGCACCUUGAGAUAUGCUAGAGAAAAAGGUUGCAUACUCAAAUCAAUAUGUACUAUAUGUACAAUCACACUGGAUAAUCAAACUAAUAUUAAAUGGGUUUUUUUCUGUU